AUGUUUGAAAAUAAGGCAAAACACAGGCAAGGCCAAAUAUUAAAAAAUCUCCGGGCUGUAUCUCUCCACAACAAAUUUCACGAAUAUUCCCACUUUUUGGCAGAAAGACACUCAAUGAAUGAUAUUUCAGCUGAUAGUGAAGUAAUUCAGAUAUGUGCUAAUAAUCUCCCAAUAAAAUCCAGAGCUAAAUCCAAGGGAGUUUUACACAAGUAUUCAAUUCGAUUUAACAUAAAAUACCAAGCAAAAAAGCUGUCUCUCUUAGAGAAUAUCAAUGAAUCUGUGCAAAGCCGUUGCUUAUCUAAUAUUGACUUUCCUAAUUCAAGAGGAUCAAACUCUCUUUCCAUGGAUUCAAAAUGCAUGACUCCAUCUAAAAUAUCGUCAAAACCAAUGGCAUGCUUAAUUCUACCUGAAAUUUCUGGCAAGCGUGCUAAUAUUUAUCAUUUUAAAAAUAAUCACUCUGAAGGAGGUGAUCCUGAAAAGCCUAUAACACCCGUAAUGCAGAGUAGGUUAAUAGAAAACAGAAAAAGAGCUAUAUCAAAGCCUCCAGAAAAUAAAGAAUUAGACUCCUCAGGUGAGUUUACCGAUAUUGAAUCCACAUUAGUAGAAAAAUCAGCGAAAAAUAAAACUUUAUUGCUCCGAUCCAUUUAUGACAAAAGACCAGCCACUAUUUUUUUUGAUUACCCAAAAUGCUGCUGUGCAAAAGAAAAAUCAAAAGGGAGAGUAUUUUAUAUGAGUGAUAAGAAGCUUGCCAAGCAGUAUUUAACUUUUAGAAUCAGCGAAAGCUUUUUAUAUGACUGUAUUAUAAAUACACUGACGUCUGCUGGAUUUUCUGAGACUGAAGAUGAGGAUUUUAAUAUAAAUAUUGGCGCAUCUAUUGAUACUGAUUUUAUGAGGGAUCUGGCACCUUUUCAGAAAAAUAAUCAUUUUCCAGGGAGCUCUCAUUUGGGGAGAAAAGAUAUGAUGUGGAAACAUUUUUGCAGGAUGCAGAAAAGAUUUGAGGAAGCUUAUUGUUUUUGUCCUGAAACGUAUAUUCUUCCUGAUGACUGUAGAAAAUUGAAUAAGGAUAGAGAGGAAAACCCGAAGGACCUUUGGAUUUUAAAACCUGCGAAUUCUGCUUGUGGAAAAGGGAUAAAAAUAUUGACGAAAGAUACAGAAAUAAAGAAAAAGCAAGGAGUUAUUAUAUCGAAGUAUAUAAAAGAGCCACAUUUGAUUAAUGGGUUUAAGUAUGAUUUAAGAGUUUAUGUAUGUGUAACUUGCUUUGAUCCUCUUACUUUCCCUCUCCGUGAGUGAACAAAAAAAAUUUUGCUAGGUUAUGGUAGGGGUUAAUUGUUUUGUUAAAAAUUUUUGGAAAUUUAAAAAAUCCAAAUUCUUAAGCAAGAAAAUUUGUUUUUUAAAAUGUAAACUGUUUAAAUCCAAUAGAAUUAACUCGAGAUUACAUUAUAAUAAUUAUCACUUAUAUAUUAAUUUUUUUCAAAAAAUUUUUGUUCACCACAAAGGGUGGUUUUGGUCAAAAAAUCGGAAUUUUAUCAAUGGUUUUGUUCGCUCACAGAGGGUGAGUUAAUACCCUCUUAGAUUGAACAUCAUUUUAUAGCAAUAAUAAUUAAGUAUUGUUAAUUAAACUUUUAUUUUCUAUAUUUUUAUUUAAAUUUUUAAAGAUAAUUGAGAUUAAAUUCAAAAUAUUGCUACAAUUCAAUUUUUUACCAGCUGUUUUAUAAAAAAUAAUUAAUUGUAAGAGUUAGAAUAUAUUUAUACGAAGAAGGCUUGGUCAGAUUUGCAACAGUCCCUUAUUCCACCAAAAGAAAAAGCUUGAAAAAUAAAUGCUCUCAGCUUACAAACUACAGCAUCAACAAAGAUUCCCCCACAUUCAUCAACAACGUUGAUCCUUCAAAAGACGGAUACGGAAGUAAGUGAUCAUUUAAAGCAUUAAGAGAAUACUAUGAGUCUCGCGGAAUCCCCUCAGGUCGGAUUUUUCAACAAAUUAAAGACAUAAUCAUCAAAACUUUUAUAUCAGUCGAAUCACAUGUCGUCGGCAAGCUUAACAGAUCAUGCAGCAGACGUGAUGCCUGCUUUGAAAUUUACGGUUUUGAUAUUUUGCUUGACUCGAGCUACAAAGCCUGACUUCUCGAAGUCAAUAUUUACCCUUCUUUAUCCUGCAGUUCUCCACUUGAUACGAAAAUAAAAUAUAUGCUUAUCUGCGACACUUACAAUUUAAUUGGAAUUACUCCAUUUAAAAGGCCGCUUGAGCCUCCUCCACCUAUAGUCGAAAUCCGAGCCAAAAAAUCCUUAGAAGUCUCGUCACUCGACAAAUGCAACAAUCUGGCUGAGUAUCCUCUAACCCUUGAAGAUGCCCUCAUUAUUGUUGAAGGCGAAGAAGAGCUCUACAGGCGAGGCAAAUACGAAAGAAUUUUCCCAUUAAAAGAAAACGUGGACUAUUAUUUAGAAUUUUACGACAUCCCAAGAUACAACACACUAUUAACCAGCAGAUAUUUGAAAUAUGGCGCAUUAAAAGACAUUAAAAAAUUCUUCAGAAAGGCAAAAAACCCUAUAAACGUAUAA